AUGAAAAUUGCAUUCACAAUCUUGGUUGUCUUAGCCAUAAGCAAUGCUAGCAUGAUGUCAAAGCACCCACUCUAAUAUGGUGGUAAAAGAAGCAUCAUGAACAUCAUGGUUGAAGUUGAGAAUAAAAUGAAGACCCACUCACCAUUAGAUUCAAUUAAGGGAAUUCUUAAUUCUUUCAAGUCUGCAGUUGCAGAAGAACAAAAUGGACAUGAUGAUGUCUACAACGCAUAAAAAACUGAAUGUGAUAGUGAAAUUGCUUACAGAAGAGCUGAAGUUGAAGAUUCUAAUGUAACACUCAGAAUCGCUAAUGGAAUUUUAAAGACAGCAACCAUUUUAUUAUCAAAAACAUAAGCCACCCUUGGAGAAACUGAAAACAUUUUAAAUACAGUUUCCCAACACAUUGGUUUAAUAAAUGACGCUAGAAAGGAGGAUACUCAAUCAUAUAACAGAGGUGCUGUUACAUUCAAUGAUGCUAUCAAUGCUAUUGAUGAUUCAAUUGAUUUGGGUACAGCACUUGCCAAGGGAGAAGCAUCUUUAGUUUAAGUUGCUGAUAUGACAACUAAGUUAAUGAGAUCAGCUAUUGCUACAAAAAUGAAUAAGGCUUUCAUGUAAGCAAUUGGUGCUUUAGCUUAAAUUACAUAAGAAGAAGACUCAACUGGUGCAGCUGAAAGACUUGUUUAAAUGUUAUAAACCUUAAGAAACACUGUAGAAGAAGCUUGGGCAUCCUACACUGCUGAUAAUACUUAAGCAUUAGGACUUUUCUCUCAAUAGAAAGAUCUCUAUCUUGCUUCUUAAGUAAGACUUGACCAUGCCAAGACUUAAUUAAGUAGCAAAGCUGAAAACUUAUAAGGAACUAUUUCAACUUAAACUGCUAUUGCUUAAGCCGCUACUAAUAAAAGAUCAAGAAAUUAAAAUUUAUGGGAUGAUGCUGCUGAUUUGUGUCAUAGUUUCGAUGUUGAAUACGAAGCUGUUACUGCAGGAAGAAGAUAAGAAUUAGUCUUAGUAAAUGAAUUAGAAAGAUUAGCUACCAGAAGAGCUGCUGAAUAAUAAUGA